UGCGCGAGCUGCGCAAUCUGCGCGUACCGCGUACACACCGCUGCCGCUGGAUGGACAGAGUACCGACAUCCCGCUGGACCUGCUUCGGCGUGAGCGGAAUGUCCGUGGAUGAGAAGCCGGAGGCCCCCAUGUACGUGUAUGAGUCGACGGUCCACUGCGCCAACGUGCUCCUGUGCCUGAACGACCAGCGCAAGCAGGACCUCCUGUGCGACGUAACGGUGCUGGUGGAGGGGAAGGAGUUCCGCGCGCACCGUGCUGUGCUGGCCGCCUGCAGCGAGUACUUCCUGCAAGUGCUGGUGGGCCAGGCCGACAAUGAGCUGGUGGUCAGCUUGCCCGAGGAGGUCACUGCCAGGGGAUUCGCCCCAUUGUUGCAGUUUGCCUACACGGCUAAGCUGCUGCUCAGCAGAGAAAACAUCCAGGAGGUCAUCCGUUGUGCCGAAUUCCUGCGCAUGCACAACCUUGAGGACUCGUGCUUCCGCUUCCUGGAGGCGCAACUGCGCAGCGAGGAGGACGGCCUGCUGCUCCGUCACAAGGGAGCGCCGCCCCCACCGCAGGACGGUGACCACUCUGAAGGAGAGGCCACUCCAGAAGAGAUGGUUCAGUUUGAGGCCAACAGGGUGGUGACCAGGCCACACAGCGCGAGCCUUAACUCCACCCGGCGGCUGGACGAGGAGAGGCUCGCCAUGCCUAUGCCCGGCGACUACUCUGACGGCCGGCUGGGCUUUGACAAGCAGGUCGCCUCGGACAUGCCUCGCUUUCCCAAGUACAGGAAGUAUCAGAGCUACAACAAGCACAAUAACAACAACUCCUCACACAGCAGUACCUCAGGUUUUCCAAGCACAUUCAAGGAGAGCGGUGGUGGCGGCAGCGGCAGCUGCAGUGCUGUCCUGGGAGCGCCUCGACCGGCAGUGGUCCACAUCAAAGACGAGCCGUGCACAGAGGAGGAGGAAGACCAAGAUGCCUCUGGCCGGGAUGGCGUGGCUGAGAUGGAGCUGGACGGGGACGACGCCCUCAGAUCACUGCCCUGCCUGCAGUCCUCCAUCAGGAAGGGCGCUGGCUUGGCAGGGCAGCUCGGUGUCCCCGAGUAUGGCAGCAGCCUUGGCUGCCCCCUUGACAAAGGAAGCACUCAGGGUGACCACAAGAAGGACUACGGGCACUUUGGCGCAGAGCUAGGGCUGCCCACGGCAGCCUCCCCCCAGGAAGUCGAUGGCUUCUCAGCCAGCCUCUCCUGGAAGUCAACCCCCUGCGAUGGGGUUUGCAGGCCGGAGGAGCUGGACCGACGGAGCGUAAUUUUUUCCUCCGGGGCAUGCGAUCGCUUGGGAGCCCCUGCUCACUCCUACCCCAGGGGUAACUCCAUGGAGAAGGAGCUGCCCGAGCACCAGCCAAAGAGCCUGUGUGCUGGCGCCAGCCAGUCCCUUCCCACCCCCCAGACGUACUCCCCCAGUGCUGGGGCCCCGGAUGCUGCGUCGCACUGCCGCUCGCGCCCCAACACAAGCUGCCCCGUGCCAAUCAAGGUGUGCCCCCGCUCCCCACCUUCAGAGACCCGUACCCGCACCUCUAGCUCCUGCUCCUCGUACUCCUAUGCCGAAGAUGGGAGCGGUGGCUCCCCUUGCAGCCUUCCCCAGUUUGAGUUGUCCUCUUCACCCUGCUCGGGUGCGACGCGCUGCCUGGCGACGGAUCAGCAAGAGCCGGGUGCCAUGGGGGCGGACGCCGUGCUCGGCCGGGUGAGGCCCAAGAUCAAGUGCGAGCAGCCAUACGGCACAAACUCCAGCGACGAGUCUGGGUCUCUGUCGGAAGGAGACAGCGAGUCCUGCCAUGUCCAAGACCAGGGGGCAGAGGUGAAACUUCCCUUCCCUGUCGAUCAAAUCACAAAUCUUCCACGUAACGACUUCCAAAUGAUGGUGAAGAUGCACAAGCUGACCUCGGAGCAGCUCGAGUUCAUCCACGACGUGCGGCGCCGGAGCAAGAACCGCAUCGCCGCGCAGCGCUGCCGCAAACGCAAGCUGGACUGCAUCCUCAACCUGGAGUGCGAGAUACGCAAGCUGGUGUGUGAGAAAGAGAAGCUUUUGACGGAGAGGAGCAAGUUAGAGGCCUGCAUGGGCGAGCUGUGGGAGAACUUCUCCUGCCUGUCCCAGGAGGUGUGCCGGGAGGUACAGCUGAGCCCGGAACAGGUGCAGUCGCUGCAUCGCUACUGCCCGGUGCUGCGGCCCGCCGAGACCGCACCCGUGCCCGCCCCCUCCGCCAGCAUCGACCUCACCUCGACCUCCGAUUCGCCCACCCCAGAGCCCCGUUUCCUCAACUCCCCCCGCCCCUCUGACGGCGAGCCUGGCUCCGCCCGGUGGCUGGCGGGCAACGGGGCCGACGCCCCGGGAGGCGCGGCGCCGGCUGCCGAGGGCCGGGACCCGGGCGUAUUCAUGGAGUCCGGGCUGAAGUUUGAACAGGGCAGCCAGACGGUCACGGUGGACUUCUGCCAGGAAAUGACUGAUAAGUGUACCACUGACGAACAGCCCAGGAAGGAGUAUUCCUAGUAA